UUCAGUAAUUAAGAAAAAAGAAAAUAUAAAUUUGUGUGUGAAGUCAGAUUAAUGAUUUUAUUUAAAUCAUUAUACUAUAAAAGUCGGCUCAUGUAAAAUGAGAUUAGAACGAGUUUUAUAGGGGGAAAUUACUUUGGAUAUGUUUUCAAGAAUUUUCUUCUCAUUUUCUUUUUGGGUGUGAGGUGGGAUUUGGUGGUGGGACGAUGCUAGGUGUUGACCGGAUCACUAGUGUCACUGUUCGCCUCUUCCCUUACAUGAUAUGUAAGAGGUCUAAAUGUGACGAGAGACACACCAUGCAGUAGUGCUCACACCUCAACACUUAUAUUCAAGUCUGGAUGAAUGACUAGAGGAAACAUAGAAGCACCACUUCUGUCUUACUUUAUAGAACAGCUUACGGCAUUUAAAAAUUACAAUCUUCUUCCUAACAGGCAGGAAAUAUGAAGACACUGUGUUUAUAACAAUUAGGUGUGCUAAGGGAAAUCCAUUGAACAUAUGUAUGUAGGAAGUUGAUUGUAUCGAUUUUAUCUGAUUUAUAUAACAAAUCAGAUAAAAAAAAAAAGGUUACAGAUGUCCUUAUAGACGAAAAAAGGCAAAACGGAAGAAAACUUUGAAAUGGAAACAACGCUUUACAUCAAUAGCAGCACCAUUGAGACAACGAGUCCGAAUUGGCCAUCACCAGCACCGGCUUCACUUUUACUUGUCUUCGGAGUGGUAGGAAAUAUUCUAGCACUGGUCAUUCUCUUCUGUUCAGCAAAAUCGCACAAAUGGCGCCCCUUUUACCGCUUUGUUUGUGGGCUUGCCAUCACAGACGGGGGUGGGGUGUUCCUGUCCUACCCCCUGGCGAUGGUCCGUUACGCUUCACAGUUCCAGUAUGAUUAUCCUCAGCCCAUGUGUGACUACAUGGCGUUCAUCUUGAUGUUUACGAUCCUGGCCUCGGCUUUGAUUGUCUGUGCUAUGUCUUUAGAUCGUUUUCUAGCGAUCCUUUAUCCACAUUUUUAUAACAAGCCAACAAAGAAUCGGAGAGCCAUCUUAAUGAUAGCAGGAAUUUGGAUUUUUUCGGCAGUGAUGUCUAGCCUCCAUUUAAUGGCAGGACAUAAAAGUUUGAGCUUUUUCCCAGGCUCCUGGUGCUUUUUGGAUUUUGUUCAUAGUGAUACCAAAGCGUUUGCUUUCCUGUAUUCAGUGACGGGGAUCCUGGUUCUUGGCACCACUGCAGCGCUCAAUAUAACUGUUAUUUUCAAUGUGUGCCGCAACAUCCAACAAAAGAAGAAGAAACCUAAGAAGAAAGACAUAUACAUCAUCGCUUUCCUUCUUUUGAUUGUUAUCCUGUUCAGUUCAUGCAUUACCCCGCUCUUGAUUAACAUAUUUGGUCAUGCAAUUGGAACCCUAUCUGGAAAUGGCCAGUUUGAGUUGGUGGCUCUACGAAUUUCUGUGACCAACUCUAUAGUUGAUCCCUGGAUCUACAUAGUUUUCCGAAAGGAUACAUUUGAUUUUUUUCAACGCAAGGUCAUGAAUAGGAUUUUUGCUUCUCAGUUAACAACUGGCCCAUCUUCUACACACGAUUCUGAAGUAUCGCGAGAACCAUCGGUAUCUGUGUCCAUGUCGUACGCUACAAGAUAGUGUGUAUCAUUAAAAUACUGGAAACACUAAAAGUAGUAUGUUUCACUUCGCAGGCUUUAUAGGACAUCGCAACUAACAUAGAUAGUUUAUUAGAUCAAGCCCCGCCGUCACCAACUUUCCUCAAGUUAAUACUCAAGUUUUGACCUCAAAUUUAUGUAUUUUUCUUGUAAGGAUUUAAGUUGAGGACUGAGUUGAGGGAUCAUGUAUCAGUUAUAGACUAAAAUCAAAACUUGUACACUGUCAAAUUGUUUUGUGAUUGUUAACUUUGUAAACAUGAUAUGCUAUAAUGAUUAUAAUGUGUAUUUAUAUCACGUUCAUAGUUAGAAAUUUCAAGCAUAAUUUUAUGAUCAAUGUUUCUGUUAUAAAAAAUGGACUUUUGGACUUAAACCUAAAAUGCUUCAUGAACCUGAGGCCAGUUGUGUUUUAUAUAAAAGGCAAAAAUCAACUUGUUAAUUUUUCCAAAGAAGGAGUAUGGGAUUGCUACAGUAUCAAGUGUGACCAUGUAAACGAUAUAACUGAUCCCGUUUAUUAGGAUAUUGUUGAUUUACCUUAUAAACAUCUUCGCUAGCCAAGGGUUUUCGGUCCACUUUGCUCCCCAUAAACCCUUGGCGGAUUUCAUUACGAAAACUCGGUGACAAGAUCUGUUUUUUGAUUGGCUGCAGCUGCGAGUAGCUGAUCCAAUCGCAGUGCUUGUAAAUAUAAACUUUAAAAGAAAACACAUGUGUGAUCUUUGGUAAAACAUUCGGUGCUUUUAACAAAUUGAGACACAAGUUCUCGAGUACAGUGCCUCCCCAACGAUGAUAUAACCAGAUCGUUUUAAAAACCUAUAUAUUUUACUGGGAUUGACCAUAGUUCUACAAACUUGUCAAGGCACGCGUGAUAGCAUGGGAAGUAAACAUGGCGAAUGUAGAAGUUGCCUAUCCCGUUAGUAUAUACGUUCCUGCUUAUGGUUAUUGCUUUUAAAGGUUCAGUGAGCUCUGUUUCAUUAAAUUUCUUUGGUCCGCAAUAUUCACGACAACGAUACCUGGUGUUAUGGCAUGAAAGCUUUCAUAUAAAUCGGCGACUUUUUCAUUCCUGGUACAGGUCCUUACAAAACACUAUGAAUAAAACAUUCCGUGCUUUCCCUAGUUUAUAACUUACUUCGUAUUUAAUAGCAUCGUUAAUUAUGUUCCGAUAUUCGGUAGUCAACAUGUUUUCAAGUUGUAUUAAUGCCGUAGAGUGUAUAUAACCUGUUGUUUAAUUCGAUUAAAAUGUAAAUAUGCAAGGGGCGCAACUCAAAUUGCUCGCUAGAUAGCGCCACCACAUCACCGAGUUUUCGUAAUGAAAUCCGCCAAGGGUUUAUGGGGAGCAAAGUGGACCGAAAACCCUUGGCUAGCGAAGAUGCCUUAUAAAUGUCUUGUUCUUUUUCUACCGCCUUACAGUCUUACGGCCUUAACAUCAUACAUGCAUGUAUACAAUUCAAGAAGUAAAUGAUAUUGUCUGUUUGUUAAAUACUAUUUUAUUUAUUUAUGUAUCCUAUUAUUAUCAUUUCUCUUUCAAUUAAACAAAAAAUUAAGCAAUUUUAAGUUGGUUUUAUGUCUUUAUGUACGCUGAUAACGGCGGCAGACCACAGGGUGGAUCUGUCAAACACUUCCGCAAGUAGUUCCUUAAUUCCUGAACCAAGGUGCGUUGUAGCAGUGAGCUGACGGACAGCACACCCUGUAUAUGGGAGUAUAGCACUUAAAGCAUAAUUAAAGUAAUGAGAAUACUGAAAAGUGAUAAGCAAAAGAUUGAUGGGAAUACUGAGUAUUUGCAUUCAACAUCUCAUGACAAGAUAUUGCUUAGUUCGUGUGUGCAAGCACUUGCCUGACAAAAUUCACCGAGUUAUUUCAUGGCCAGUGAAUAGUUUCCUUUUUCUAUAUUAUUAUUCAUUAUUUCCUUAAAAUAAUAACCAAUUGCAUAAUCAAUCAAAAGUUACAAAUAGAAAUAGAUAAUGCAUUCGAAAAAUUUAUAUAACAUUGUCUGUAUUAAAUUCUAAUAUAUUUCAAAACAAUAAUCACAUAGUUAUACCUAAAAACACUCAAAAUGUUGAGUUUUUCCUACACAUUGAGCAAUUCUUUAUAGAGAUGUUGAAUGUGGUUUUAGCAAAGCAGAUUGAAUUCAAUAAAUUCAUCAAUGAAUUCAAUAGGUUCAUGAGUCUUAAUUGUUUAAUUGUUACGCACCAGUAGCGAGUUGGGAACCUGAUAACUAUUUACUGUACGUCAAGUUAUAUAUUUAUAUAUUUAUAGCAGAAAGGAGUAAUAUACAUUGAUAUUAAAGAAAUAAAGGCUUAUUCCCGAUUGUGUGAUGAAAAAGUAAAAAUCAAAUUCUUCAUCUCUUCAGAUGAUUGAGUACCGAUGAAAUCUGAUCUCGGUUAUGCUGUUAACUUCGAUUUGAUACAAAAAUAACGGGCAUUGUAAUCAUAAGGCAAGUUUAAGCUCGUUAAAAUAGGAGUGAAUAUUAUUUGGAAGAUGCUUGUUUUAUUUCUCUGUAUCAAAACUAAAUGUUGAAGAUUUUAAACAUCGUGCAGCUUUAACAUAAGCGCAGUUGCCAUACUAUAUUUAAAAAAAAACAAAGAGCCUGGGGCUGUCGUGAUAUUGAUGCAUGACCAUAAAUUAUGUGGAAAAAAAUAUAAUGGGAUUGCUGUAUUAACUUGAAAACGAGAGGUGAAUGGGCGAUAUCGCUGACCUGAGCAACAUUACCCGACAUGUGAACCUCUCAAAUUACUAUAUUGUCUUAGUAGAAACUAAAAUCAAAAAGUAGACCUCAGUUGGAAUUCGAAUUCAACAUAUCGAUAUUCGUUCAUAAUAAAAAUGUUCAAAAGUUCAGCUUCUGAAGAAUACAGACAAGUUAUUAUCAAAGAUCCUAUAGGAAUUGGAAUGUGGUUUUUACCCGCCUUCUUUGAAUAUAUGACAAGCUCUCAUUGAGAGGUUCGAGGAAGUAACGUUCUAUUUUCAUCACCACUUGCUUUAUGGGUGUGAUAAAUAGGACACAAAUGCAUUAAAUUCUUCUUGAUACAGAAAUAAACAUGAAAUUUUCCACAAUAUAUGGAAACUGUAACCAGGCAACCAUUAUAUACAUAGCUGAUGUAAAAAUGAAAUAGGUGAUUCUGCAAAAAAAUCUUGUAUCAAAAAGAUUGCGCAAAAGUUUUGAGAGGCUGGAUGGUCAACAAGUAACCAAUCAAAUCUACCUUAACAUGUUAGCUUCAUGAGCUGAAAAUUUUGAAUAUUUCAACAUAAAUUUGUAUAUACGAAGCUGUUUCUUUUCAAAAAGAUUUUAAAAAUCAAAAAAUGACCAUGACAAUCAUGCUCUUUUAAUUCAAUCAAGAAAGCUCUCUAAGAAUGAUAUUGUAGGUACCUUUUUCAUUUCCAAAAAUGGUUUUGAUAACUGAAGAGUAUUACUUAAAAAGAGUAUGUUCUGCUCAUCAAUGACUAAAACAAGUUUACAAAGAAUGUUUGCUUUGUUGGCCAAAUUUGACGCUGUCGUUAUGGCGAAGAAGAAACAGUGAGAUAGUAUGCCAUGGACAACAAACAACAAUUAUGUUAAUAAUUGUAUUUAUGUGUUGAAUGCUAUAAUUUUAUUUGCUUAUUUAUUGUAUUUUUCAUGUUUAUGUUUGAUUAGAUAAGUUGCAUUUCUUUCCCAGGCCUUGUACAAAAUAUUGUUAUUUUGCAUAUGGCAUAUUUUAUUUUUGAGGUGCCAUCUUUAUGCUGGUUUUGUAUAUAUUGUAUAUAAUUUUGAACAAAAUAUUGUUUCUGUAUUUUAAGGAGAUCAGCAUAUUGAUAAGUUAUUUAACAUUUUGUGUGAACAGCUUUGGGUCUGAUCCCCUACUAUGUUGUUUAUAUUUUUCUUUACUUUCGUCAUUUUUAAUAAAUGACAUAUUUCAUCAUGCACAAGUGUUGAGUUCAU